AUGAAGGCUGAAUAUGUCAUAGCUGAGUUGAGAAAGAUAUUUUCACGUUAUGGAAUUCCAGAAGAAGUGAUGUCAGAUAAUGGUCCACAGUAUGCUUUACGAGAGUUCCAAGAGUUUGCAAAGACACGAGAAUUCAAACACGUCACAUCAAGUCCAAGAUAUCCUAGAAGCAACGGUUUAGCAGAAAAAACGGCACAGACGGUAAAGAAGUUGUUAUCGAAGGCUUUAAGCAGUCAUCAAGAUCCAUAACUGGCCAUUCUGGAAAACCGAAAUACCCCAGUGGACGGAUUCGCAACUCCAGCUCAACUACUAAUGAGUCGAAAUUUGAGAUCAACGAUUCCCGCAGUACCUACCCAUUUCAAUCCCGAAAUUGUGGAUGCACAAGAAUUUCAAGAUAAUUGUGAAAAAGUACAGCAGCAACAGAAAAGAUAUCAUGAUAAACACGCCAACAGUCUUCCUUCACUCGAGGAAGGGGAACACGUUCGAAUGAGAUACGGGAAGAGUUGGAAACCUGUACCGAACCACGUAGUUAUAUCGUGCAAAAUCCUGAAGGACGAAAAUAUCGAAGAAAUCGAAGUCAGUUGCUCAAGUUGAACAAUCAAAGUAGCUGGCAAUUUAAAGAUAGAGAAGAAGAAAAUAAG